AUUAUCAUAAUCCUUUGUCCCAUCAGGAAUAUUUUCUGUGGUUUCAAUGUUUAGAUAUGUUUUUCAUUCUGCUUUUUGAGAAUCCCGGAUAUUACAGAAGUCAGGGCGGAAGUCUUUGCAGUAGUGCAUUACUUCCUCUUUCAAAACAUACUGGUUCACAUCCCGCACAGCAGAGUGUCACAGUGCCGUCUAAGGCGGAGUAUGUAACUCAGACUGCCGGAAAGCUUCAUGAUGCGGCGAAAGAGAUACACGAUUGCAGCUGCUCUCCUGCUGUGUGCUGUUAACGCGCUCUGCUCUGACGGCAAUACAAAUCAGAAAUGUGUGUCGAGCUGGGAGGCGGAUUGCUUUCAGCCAGCUCACCACCUGAAUGACCCUGAUCCUGUCAGCCUGAAUUUGUCAGCCAGUAAGAAACUCCUCAUCUCUCUAGAGGGCCUACCUAAUGAUCUUGUCUGCCAGUGGGGGAGAGAACAAGGCCCACUGAUGAACAUAAAUGGGAAUGUCUCCAUGGUUACACCAAGACUUUCAAGGACUGAUUCUGGGAUGUACAAACUAACCUGUAAAAGUCAAGAGAAGACCAUUUUCUCAAAAACUGUUGAUCUUCGUGUUGUUGAACGUCCCUCAAAACCAAAGAUGUCUCUGGAUCAUAUAAAUGAUCAAUACACGUCUCCUUAUUUUAAAUGCAUCUCUGAGGGUUCUCCAAGGUCCAGUAUUGAAUGGUCUCGUCCAUCCAAAAGGGAUAGGAGAAAAGACAUUGAUGAUUGGACAGCAGAGAGCUCAGCCACAACUUCAAACUAUGCAUAUAGUGGAGCGAUGUGUUGUGCCAAAAAUGAUGAAGGACAAGAAUGCACCCAGCUGUGUGACUUUGACUUAAAUACUGCUUCAAUGAAACCAGACGAGGUUUCUAGUGUGACCAUAAGUCCCAGUGAGCCUUUGGUACUUCGCUGCAGAAAAAAUGAUGAUUCUAGUUCUAUCUGGGAACAUAAUGGCAAGGUUUUGGCAGAAACCUGUGCAGGGAAUGAGAUCUGUAUUAAAAAGGACAAACAUGUGGAGAGCCGCAUGGUGUAUGCCUUCAUCAGAUCAGUUACCUCACAACACAACGGCACAUACACCUGCAAAAACUCAGGCAGAAGUAAAUCUGUGGAUGUUCAUGUUACGGCUGAGAGCUUCCUCUCCUCCCAGCUGCCUGAUCACUUUGUGAUAACUGAGACCAGCUCCUGUUUGGCAGCAAAUGUUUCCUACCACCCAGUGCUGCAGCUCUGCUACUGGGAAGCUCCUGAUGGGAGUUUCACUAAAUGCAUCAGAGACAAGACAGCAACAAAGCAAAGGACUGUGAAGUAUUGUGGACCAUUACAGUCUGGAGAGUAUAAACUACACCUGGAGGCUGGAGGAAAAACGGAAACAAAGAAAACAAUUGUUUGUGUUCUAUGUAGGAAUCUUGUGUGUCAUUGUUAA